GGCACCUCCGAAGCCACCUAUCAGGGGUCCUUCGUGAAGUCAAAGAAAAAUGGCCGCCUCCAUGCUAUGCAGGAGGACGCUGGUGCUUUAUAACACGACAAAAGCUAGUUUGUUUACCAAGAUUGUGAAUUCCGCAAGUCGGAUUUUAAUACAAACGGCGUCGUAUAACCCUAAACCUCUAAAGCUGAACCUCCGUGACCCAUAUAUUCCAGACAAGAGCAGCGAGAAGACUCCGGAAUGGCAGAAGACGGCGAGAUAUGACAGCAAGCUGUACGGUCGCUACGGCUCAGCAUCGGGUGUCGAUCCUGCCUCGCUGUGGCCCAGCCACGCCGAGCUGGACAAUAUCAUCGCCGAGGAAAAUGAGUGGCAUCCUCCGUUAGAGGUCAUGUUGAAGAAUGUCGCAGCCAAACAGAAGGAGGAGACCGAAAAGCGCCUAGCAAAAGAGAAGCUCAUAGCAGCAAACAUGGCCCAAAUGCCCAAGAUGAUCGCCGACUGGCGCAGAGAGAAGCGUGAAUCUAAGCAGAAGCUAAAAGAGGAGAAGGCACGCCGUGAGAAGUUGCUGGCUGAGGCCAGGGAGCGUUUUGGCUACGCGGUGGACCCCCGCAGCCCCAAGUUCUUGGAAAUGGUUGCUGAAAUUGAAAAAGAGGAGAAGAAGAAGAAGAAACUCCUGAAACGCAGACUUAGGGAAAACCAGGCAGCUGUUCCGGUCACUCCUCCUGUUGCUGCCUUGUAAAAUUGGUCUUUAUAGACUUAAUUGACUAUUAAACGUUGGGCUGUGUAUAUUUAAUGAGAACAUUUUACUGCUCAUUUUGCUUUCUAAUGCCAUCUGGAAUUACAAAGUCUCACAUUUCUUGAAUAAGUUAUUUUCUGCAUUGAUUCUCCUUGUCAUGGUCAGAAAUGUUUUGAAAGUAUAUUGUGCGUUAGAGGCGUGAUGUUGCAAUUCAUACAUCAAAACUGGUUUCUGACUGCAAUUUUGAGUUCUUGUGACACCAUAAUCUUCACAUUACAACAUAUAAACUGACUAAAAAUAUAAUUUAGAGUGGCUUUAAUCAGCUGCUGAUUUAGAUUUUGUAAACAUUGUUCAUACAUGAAAUGUAUUCUACACAAUACACAAUCCAGUUUUUUACAAAAUCAAGUGAAGUCCUAUUGAAAAUGUAACACUUUCCUACAAUGACAAACCACUCGGGGCCUCACCUUGAUCAGACAAGAGUGUGCCAACUGGUUGAAAAAGGCAAACCUGAACAUUAGCUCUGUAUUUACUUGACAGUUAAAAACUGGGCAUCAGCAAAAACUGUGUGAGUUGGUGGUGUUGAGUUCAAGAGCAUCUCCGUUGAUCAAAGAUCUCCUGACAGAUGAGCUUCCUCUCCGUCAACAGAGCCAGCCUUCAAUUUGGCCAGAGCAGCGUGUAUCCUGAACUGUGUACGAGAUUCCAUGGAGUACUCUUUGUAGCUGUGUCUAAAAAAACAAAAACAGCUGAAACGAUGUUUCACAUACAUUGGUUUGACCACUACAAAGAGAUUUGAUGCUACCCAUUCACCCUAAAUGGGACUCCACUUUUGGAGACCAACGCACGUAUCACUCUUCUCAACCCCCUGCCUAAAAGUACUCCGUCUUGAUUUUGACAUUUUAAAUAAAAACACAAAAAACAACAGAAGAAGAAA